GACUGUCAGAAACCGGGAUUCCAGAUCUCACUAUGGAGUCCAUAAAUGCAUUCUUCCAAAGGAUCUAUGACAUGAUACAAUAUAAACAUGAGCAGGGGAUAUAUAACACCAUCUGCCUGGGGGUUCUGCUCGCCCUCCCGCUUCUUGCUUUACUCAUUGCUAGCAUUAUUUGUUGUCACUUUUGCUGUUGUCGGACCAGAAAAAGUAACACACUGAAGCCUUCACCAAGUAAGAAGAAAAAAAAGAAAAACGAAGAAGAGGACUUCUGGAUACCAAGUCCACAGGCCAAGUCCAUCAUGCUGGAGAAAGUGCCUUCAAUUUCUGUAUAGCUAUAACUGAAACUGAACAGUUUGCUUAUCUGCUGGAGCUGAUUACAAAGUGGCCAUCAACAGAUCUGCCACAAGCUAUAAUACUGAGUAUAAUAACCUGCUGCAUGGGAUGGACAAUCUCCAACCGUAUUGUAAAUCCAGGACUCGGUAGCGGGAAUUAGUGCACAUUCCCUUUUUUAUGCCAUGAACAAAAAUGAAGGAGCUCAGGGUGGAUUUUAAUGGAGGUGUAACAGCUACUCAGGCUAAUUACACUCCCAUAUCUCUGGAAUAACGGGAGUAUGAAGAAGCUUCAAGAGGUGCUUCCAGUAGACAUCUCACUGCAUUUAGGAGUAAUGAGGUCUAAAGUUUUAAAGCAAUGAAACUGAUCUUAAAACUUGGGCCAAGACUUACUAAUACUUCCUAAGAUAUGGACAGUGUAAACUUGCACUAGCUACAUCUGAUACAUCUUUUGAGUUGUUACCACCUAUUAGUUAGCUUACUCACUGUACUCUGCCCCACAAUUUUGCCUGGCUUUCUUCUAAGCCAUACACCUUUCCCACCAAGCCAUGUCCAAG